UCUCUCCAUUUUCCAGAGCACACUAAAAUACGACGUCGUCUCGUAUGCAAGAAGAUGCUGCUUCGUCCUCUUGCCCUAAUUAAGCUACCUAACUAGGGUUUCCUCUUACCUUUUCCCCCACCUCAGAGUAUAGAGAGAUCAUUUUAUUUAAGCUACCCUUUUUUUCUCUUUGCUUGGUCUUUACUUUAGUUCUGUUCAAAUUUUGUCGGCUUGUGUAACUGAUCACAUCUUAUUUCUUGAGCUAUUGGUUCCUCAAAAUCCUGCGUCUUGACUUCUCGAUCUGAGUUAUUUCUUCUCUUCACGCCCUUCCUCACCCCCAAAAUACAUGAACGAUAAAGAUCAAGAAUCAAGAAUCAAGAAUAAAAAUUGAUUUGAGCUGGCGAAUAAGCAGUGGUGGGAGCGGGAAUUAGUAGAUGCGGCGGCGAUGGAAGGCGGCUACGAGCAAGGCGGUGGAGCUUCUAGAUACUUCCAUAACCUCUUCAGACCGGAGAUUCAUCACCACCAACAGCUUCAACCACAAGGCGGAAUCAAUCUUAUCGACCAGCAUCAACAUCACCACCAGCAACAACAACAACAACAACAGCAACCACCAUCGGAUGAUUCAAGAGAAUCUGAUCACCACUCAAACAAGGAUCAUCAUCAGUCGGGUCGACCUGAUUCAGACCCGGCUACAUCAAGCUCAGCACCCGGGAAACGUCCACGUGGACGUCCACCAGGAUCUAAGAACAAGGCAAAGCCACCGAUCAUAGUCACGCGCGAUAGCCCCAACGCGCUUAGAUCUCACGUCCUUGAGGUAUCUCCUGGAGCUGACAUAGUUGAGAGCGUUUCAACUUACGCUAGGAGGAGAGGGAGAGGAGUCUCAGUUUUAGGAGGAAACGGCACCGUUUCAAACGUCACUCUCCGUCAGCCAGUCGUCACUCCCGGAAACGGCGGUGGUGGUGUUGGGGCUGGAGGAGUCGGAGGAGGAGGAGUUGUGACUUUACAUGGAAGGUUUGAGAUUCUUUCGCUAACGGGAACUGUUUUGCCACCACCUGCACCGCCAGGUGCAGGCGGUUUGUCAAUAUUUUUAGCCGGAGGGCAAGGUCAGGUGGUUGGAGGAAGCGUCGUGGCUCCGCUUGUAGCAUCAGCUCCGGUUAUACUAAUGGCUGCUUCGUUCUCAAACGCGGUUUUCGAGAGAUUGCCUAUUGAGGAUGAGGAGGAAGAAGGCGGUGGUGGUGGCAGUAGAGGAGGAGGAGGACCACCGCAGAUGCAGCAAGCUCCGUCAGCAUCUCCGCCGUCGGGAGUGACCGGUCAGGGACAGUUAGGAGGUAAUGUGGGUGGUUAUGGGUUUCCCGGUGAUCCUCAUUUGCUUGGUUGGGGAGCUGGAACACCUUCGAGGCCACCUUUUUAAUUGAAUUUUUACAUAUUUGUCAACGGAAAUUUAUGUGUUUUUUUUUUAUAAUCAUUUUGUGGAGUCGUCUUUCAUUUGGGAUCUUUGGUAUUUAUAUUAUUUAGUUGACAUAUA